AUGGAUCGGGGCUUCCCCAUCGCCGGGCACAAGGGGCCGCUGCGCCUGACGCUCGCGUCGCACCCCGGCCAAGCGCUCACGUUGGAAGGCGAUUUCUGUUGUCCGUUUCCGCCGCCGGUCUGCUGCUGCUUCGCCUGCUGGUCCGGCGUCAGGCUAGGAGACGAGCAUCGCGCGAUGCAAGUCUUCUACAAGCCGUACAACGGCCAGCUAGAACGCACCGAGGCCUGCAAAGAAAUGCGCAUACACAACAAGUGGGCAAAGUGGGAGCCCAACAAUGAAGUGAUUUCCUUCGCCUGCGGCUGCUUCGACUGCGUCACUCGCGAAUCCUGGACCCUCUACUCGGACGGGACGAUUCACUCGAAAUAUCAUCCGGAGCUGGUGCUCGGCGCCCGCGACAAAGACGGCAAGCUCAUCCUCGUGCGGCAGGAAGACCGGCGGAGACAACUGGUCUUCAAGGAAGUGCUCGCGAUGGAAAAAAUACCGGGACGAAUAAACGUGCGAGGAUGA